GCUCGGGCUGCGCCGUCCCGGGGCGCGAGUGCGGGGCUGGGGGCGCGAGGCUGGGGCUGGGGCGGCCCGGCCUGUGCACGGGGCGGGGGUGGCCAUGGCCUCGGCAGAGCUGCAGGGCAAGUACCAGAAGCUGGCUCAGGAGUACUCCAAGCUUCGGGCUCAGAAUCAGGUCCUGAAAAAAGGUGUUAUGGAUGAACAAGCAAAUUCUGCUGCUUUAAAGGAACAGCUGAAGAUGAAGGAUCAGUCGUUGAGAAAACUGCAGCAAGAGAUGGACAGUCUGACGUUUAGAAACCUGCAGCUGGCCAAGCGAGUGGAGUUGCUUCAGGACGAGCUGGCACUGAGUGAGCCCCGUGGCAAGAAGAACAAGAAAAGUGGAGAAUCUUCCCAGCUGAGCCAGGAGCAGAAGAGCGUAUUUGAUGAGGACCUGCAGAAGAAGAUAGAAGAGAAUGAGCGAUUACAUAUCCAGUUCUUUGAAGCUGAUGAGAAGCAUAAGCAUGUGGAGGCAGAGUUGAGGAGCCGACUGUCCACUCUGGAAACGGAGGCGGCCCAGAACCAAGCCGUGGUAGACGGGCUGACACGCAAGUACAUGGACACUAUAGAGAAGCUACAGACUGACAAGGCCAAGCUCGAGGUCAAAUCUCAGGCUCUGGAAAAAGAGGCCAAGGAGUGCCGACUUCGAACUGAGGAAUGUCAAUUACAGUUAAAGAGUCUUCAUGAAGAUUUAUCAGGUAGAUUAGAAGAAUCCUUAUCAGUCAUCAAUGAAAAAGUACCUUUUAAUGAUACAAAAUAUAGUCAAUAUAAUGCCCUGAAUGUGCCACCGCAUGACAGGAGACAUCAGCUGAAAAUGAGGGAGAUUACUGGACAAGCCCUGACCUUUGUCCAAGAUCUCGUGAGGGGCCUUCUGAAUUUUCACACCUACACGGAGCAGCGGAUCCAGAUUUUUCCUGUGGACUCUGCCCUUGAUUCUAUUUCUCCACUGAAUCAGAAGUUCUCACAGCACCUCCAUGAAAACGCAUCUUAUGUCCGCCCUCUUGAGGAAGGAAUGCUUCACUUAUUUGAAAGUAUAACCGAAGAGACUGUGACUGUCCUGGAGACAACUGUGAAAUUGAAAACUUUUUCGGAGCACCUAACCUCUUAUAUCUGUUUUCUUAGAAAGAUUCUUCCCUAUCAGUUAAAAAGUUUAGAAGAAGAAUGUGAAUCUUCCCUUUGCACAUCUGCAUUAAGAGCCAGGAAUUUAGAGCUGUCUCAGGAUAUGAGGAAAAUGACAGCUGUAUUUGAGAAGUUGCAGACAUACGUCAGCCUUCUUGUCUUGCCAAGCACACAGCCCGAUAGACUCCCUCGGACCAACUCUAGUUCUGUGUUAGCGUAUGUGGGAGCCACGCUGCAAGGACUUCAUGACAUCAUGAGAGAUAUUUCCAAACAUUAUACUCAAAAGGCAUCCAUAGAGCAUGAACUCCCAACAGCAACGCAAAAACUUGUGACAACCAACGACUGCAUCCUGUCUUCCUUGGUGGCACUGACAAAUGCUACAGGCAAGAUGGCGUCUUUCUUCUCCAACAACGUGCAUCACUUCUCGAUGUCACUGAGCUAUGGGCCCCGAAAAGCAAGCGGCUUCAUGAGUCCUCUGGCAGCUGAGAGCAUGCUCCAGUACAAGAUGAAGGCUGCCACCUACAUGAGAGCCUUGAGAAAGCCCCUCCCGGAGUCUGUGCCUUAUGAGGAAGCACUAGCCAACCGCCAGAUCCUCAUGAGUUCCACGGAAAGCCGGGAAGGCCUGGCCCAGCAGGUUCAGCAGAGUUUGGAGAAGAUCUCAAAGCUGGAGCAGGAAAAGGAACACUGGAUGUUAGAAGCACAACUGGCCAAAAUCAAGCUCGAGAAAGAAAAUCAGCGAAUCGCAGAUAAGCUCAAGAGUGCAGGCAGUGGGCAGAUGGCCGGACAAACCCAGGAAAAUGGUGCCUCUGUGCCUGCUGCAGGCCAGGAUGAAGGUGCUGCCAAGGCUUCAAUCGAGCCGGGUCUGGGCCCCAGCCUGAUCGGAAUUCUCACCAGGACCGAUGAUGAGGAGGUUCCAGAUCUUGCCAACGUGGGGUCCCGAGAAGAUCUGAUCAAAAAUCACUACCUGGCUCGGGUUGUGGAAGUGACAUCACAGCUGCAGCUGGCAGACAGCAAGUCUGUGCACUUCCACUCGGAGUGCCGUGCGCUCUCGAAAAGACUGGCCCUUGCUGAGAAGUCCAAAGAGGCCCUGAUGGAAGAGUUGAAAGUGGCCAGUCAGAAUGUCAGCCGGCUGCAGGAUGAGCUGACGACGACCAAGAGAAGCUACGAGGACCAGCUGAGCAUGAUGAGCGACCACCUGUGCAGCAUGAAUGAGACCCUGAGCAAGCAGAGAGAGGAGAUAGACACGCUCAAGCUGGCUGGCAAGGGAAAUUCUAAGAAGAACAAAAGCCGAUAGUUGGUACCUCGUUGCCUGAUGACUUCUUUCUGGCCCAGAGCAUGGGGCCAGAUUCCACGCACAGCGCUGGCCGCCUGCAGGAGUGUGGACUGUGGUGGACUUCGGGGCUAGUCGGUGCUGAUCAUGACCAUGACAUGCUUCAGACCCGACUGUGGCCAGGAAGGCAGUACCAGAAUUCGAUGUUGGCAGUAAAAUGGAAAACAAUACACGUACUAUGGAUUAGCGUAGGUUUCCUUGACGCUGUUUUUACUGUGCACUUUUUAAAAAUUAGGUUUCCAUUUCAGUGUGUAAGAACAAUAAAUAUUUUGUAUAUUUUCAAACUCAAUGAUAUGGUAAUCGAUUUAGUAUCUAUGGAAUAGAUUCAUGUUUCUGGAUAAGAUGCUUAAAUUGUUCUUGCUAUUACUGAAAGCAGUCUCCAGAUUCUUUUUAAUAACAUGUUCAUACUGCUGUCUCUUUCUCUCUCUCUGAAGGAGUAGAACUUGCGAAAUUCAUCACUUGUGGGUUUAUUAUCAUGUCUUCAGUUCUCCCGGACCCUCUCUGUGUUGGAAAUAAUAACUUAAGGAAAUCCAUGUUAAUAAAUUAAUCCUUAUAUCAAA